GCUGGGCUGCGGGGGGGAUUUCAGGCCUCCCUCCCCCUACGGCCCUACAACUGUGAAUGAACACCUCCCCCCGGAAAAACCAGGGAAAGUGCUUGUUAAAAUCCAUGAUUUUGUGCAACCGCGAGCACAAAAUAGAUAAACAUGGGGGAGGGGGCUUUAAAAUGAUGUUCUCUGUCGAAAUUGUAACAAAAAUAAAAAAUCAUAUUCUGCCAAGCCUAAUUACAUUGGCUUGGCGCUGUCUAAACACACACUUUCAAGCACCACAAACAUUCUUGCAUCCAACUAACUACGUUGGUUUUGAUUGAUACCGUUUGUUGUUUGGUUACAAGUCUGUGCAUGGACCCUCUUGUUUUGGAAGACGUGCCCUGUUUUUACCAAAAUCAAAAUAGGGUGUUUUUUAUUCCAAAAUAAGUAUCGUGUACAGACUUGCAACUAAACCGCAACAGUAUAAAUAAAAGCUGGUAUUUUGGUGCAAGUUUGUGUAUAGACAAGGCUUUGGUUGCUAAGAUUGGAAUAAAAUUACAAAAGGUCUGGGAACCGAACUCUGUGGACAUUAAAAAGUACAAAAACAAUAAAAACUUUAAGAUUAUCUUGUUUUAUAGCUAAAAGUUUAUUUUUGUGAUUUAUAAUAGAUGACUAGGUAGAAUGGAGGCAUCAGUGAUAUCAGUGGUGACAUAGUUAGGCCCAGGCUGAGAACUUUUGAAAAUACAAUGCUCAAGAUUCAAUUAGCAUGUACUGCAUAACCAAUUAAUAUUGCAGUUUUUGUGCUAAGUGGUGAUUUAGGUUGGAUCUCUGAAGGACUAUACUGUGGCUUCACAAUGUUUGGAGACUUAUUUGAAGAGGACUUUUCCUUUGUGUCAAAUAAUCAAUGUGGAAAAGGGAAGAAAUCAAAGUCCAAAGAUACCGAGCCUCCCGCUCCAAGGGAGUUCACCAAAUUAAGUGGUAUCAAAAAUCAGGGCGGAACCUGCUACCUCAAUUCCCUUCUCCAGACUUUGCAUUUCACGCCAGAAUUUAGAGAAACACUGUUUUCCCUAGGCCCUGAAGAACUUGGUUCUCUGGAAGAUAUCAAUAAACCUGAUGUAAAGGUUCGAAUAAUUCCAUUACAGUUACAAAGAUUAUUUGCUCAGCUUUUGCUCUUAGAUCAGCAGGCUGCAUCUACAACAGACCUCACUGAGAGCUUUGGAUGGAACAGCAAUGAGGAGAUGAGACAACAUGAUGUACAAGAGUUAAAUCGGAUUCUGUUCAGUGCUUUGGAAACUUCCCUUGUGGGGACUUCUGGCCAUGACCUUAUUAAUCGGUUGUACCAUGGGACUGUUGUUAACCAGAUUGUUUGUAAGGAGUGCAAGAAUGUCAGUGAGAGACAGGAGGAUUUUUUAGAUCUAACGGUGGCAGUCAAGGAUGUAUCUGGCUUGGAGGAGGCCCUGUGGAACAUGUAUGUGGAAGAGGAAUAUUUUGAAAAUGAUAACUUGUACCGAUGUGGAGCGUGCAACAAACUGGUUGAAGCAGCAAAGUCUGCUAAACUACGUAAGUUGCCUCCCUUUCUUACUAUCUCGCUCCUGAGGUUUAACUUUGACUUUGAGAAGUGUGAACGAUACAAGGAAACAAGCUGCUAUACGUUCCCUAUCCGGAUUAACCUCAGGCCUUUUUGUGAGCAGACUCAGUUGGAGGAUUUGGAGUACAUGUAUGAGCUCUUCUCUGUUAUUAUACACAAAGGUGGCUGCUAUGGAGGACACUACCAUGUUUAUAUCAAAGAUGUUGAUGCAUUAGGAAAUUGGCAAUUGCAAGAGGAAGAAAGCAAACUGAUGACUAACGAGAAGGUUCAGAAAGAUACUGAAAAUAUCAAAGAAAUGGAGAAUCCACUGACAAUCCUGAAAGGGAUUUUAUCAGAGGAAGAAUCCAAACAAAUUCCUGUUGAUCAGUUAGGGCAGAAACUAUUGGAGAAAAAAGGAAUGUCCUGGAACAAAAAAUACAGGAAACAAUAUGGACCAAUACGAAAGUAUUUGCAGAAUCAUUCUCAGAUAUUUCAACUUAGUCCUGAUGAUAAUAAGGUUAGUCUAAAGGAGAUGUACCAUCAGCUCCAGUUUGGGUCAGAUUGCCAAGGACAAGUUCUGCAAAGCCCUUCUCAGAACAAUGAUGUCCAGUGGACUUCAGAAAGUCUAUGUACAGUGCUAAAGGACAGCGCCUCUGGUUCCCAUUGGUUUGACUUGAAUGAUUCAAAAGUCCAGCCCAUUAAGGAGAAGGAUAUUGAGAAACAAUUUCAGGGUAAAGAGAGUGCCUACAUGCUGUUUUAUCGAAAAUCCCAGUUGAAAAGACCAUCUGAAGCACAAGCAAAUCCAAGAUAUCGGGUUCCUGGCCAUCUCUUGAAUGAAAUGGAUGCUGCGAACAUUGAACUGCGGAAGAGAAGGAUGGAUUGUGACUCUGCAGACAAUAAUAUUGAUUUGCGCCUCCAUUUGGGCUCUCACUAUAAACUUUACAAUGGGGCCCUACACCCAUCGCUUUCUUGGAAGGAAAGUGUGCUGGAUCUGACUACUGAUAAAAGAAAAACCCUAGGAGAUCUGCGACAAUCGAUAUUUCAGCUGUUGGAAUUUUGGGAAGGAGACAUGAUUCUCAGUACUGCAAAGUCUCUACCAGCAGGACUUCAUCUUUACCAAACACUUGAUGGAGAUGAGAUGACAUUGGGUGGCAUUGGACUUGCUGAUGGGGCAGAUGUCUUUGUGUGGAAUGGCAAGGAGGUUGGUGGUAUGAAGGUGUUACCAGGUCUUGACCAUGAACCCGUGCUUCUAAAUGUUCUUCGGUUGGCGGGCUAUAAUGAAGGAGGAAAAGGUCAGCAUUUCAUCGAAUCCCAGCAUGUCGUUCCAUGCAGUGCAGAACUGAGUACCCUGUGGAAAGCCUUAGCAUCGCCAGGAGGGAUCAUCUUAAUGAACCGUUCGGGAUCUGACAAAGAGGUGGAGAAUUGGCAAGUCGUUCCUGAAGAGGAUAUGAGGAAGACAGUCAGAAUUGUUGGCCUGGCAGAUGGAAGCUCAAUAUUAGUUUUAGAUAGCCAUGACCAAAGCUUGGUGAACAUGGCAAGUGGCAAUUUGACUGCUUUUAUGCAUGAUAUCAGCUGGCUACAAGUUAAAAAUUUCUGCCGGUUGGAAGCUGACGAGAAGCAAGUUAAAAUUACUGCAACUGUUGAAACAGUGAUGUCAGAUAUCAAAAUUAAAGCAAUACAGGAGCUGCAAUUAGGGGAGGAGCUAGUGGAUGAUAGCUGUCUCAGACCUAUUAACAGAAAUGGGAAGCUUCUCUCUCCAGUGCCUGAGGAUUAUACUGUCAAAGAAGCAGAGCUAAAGAUGGGAAGCCUGUUGGGACUGUGUCAUGGAAAAGCUCCAACUUCCACUCAGCUCUUCUUGUAUUUUCUUGUUGGGAGUGAUCUGCAGGGAGCCCCAGAGAUGGAGAUAGUAGUAGAAGAGACUGCAUCUGUGAGAGAGUGUCUAAACGUAAUGCUGAAGAAAUCUGGGUUACCAGGUGACAACUGGCAUUUGAGAAGAAUCGAUUGGUGCUAUGAAGCUGGAGAAGCAUUAAGCGAGGAAGGUGCCAGACUGAAGGAGCUUAAUGUCUGCAGUGGAGAUACUUUGGUCAUAACUGAAGGGAAACUGCCACCCAAGGUAUCUACUGAUCUCUUUAAAGAUUCCCCAACAUAUAUUCAGUCAGACAUCGGGCUUUGUUAUGCAGGCGAUGUGGAAAUCUCUGGAGAAGCUUUUCUGGAGGAUCUGAAAAUUCAGGCCAUGACCUUGCCCUUCUUCCAGGAGCUCAGUGUCCCAUCACCCGAGUUUCUCAGAGCCUGGACAUUGGAAAGUAAGCGCCCAGGCAAGCUUUUACGAAACAACCAGCAACAACUCAAUGAAUAUAAACUGGGAGGCAGAACAGAAAUCUGUAUAGAGCCUUUACAGAAGGAAGAGAAUCUGGGCCCCAGUGACUUGCUGCUUCGGGUGCAGAUGGGCAUACCUGGGGAGAGGGAUUACUACAACUCUGUGGAUUUGGUGUGGGAUAUCUCCAAAGAAUGCACAGCCUGGGCACUGAGGCAUAGACUUGCUGCUCACUAUUCUCUCCCUGUGGAGAAAAUCGAAAUUGCAAAAUACUUCCCUGAGAAGUUUGAGUGGAUGACAAUCUCCAGCUGGACCCAGCAAAUUUCAAAGAGGAAACGGAAGAAAAAACAGGAGAGUUUGCAGUCAGCACCCUUUCACCUGAAAGAUGGAGACAUUAUCGGUGUAAAGAAUCUCCUACUUGAGGAUGGUAAGGACUUCAGUACUGUGAGAGAUGAUAUUGGGAAGGAGACACAGAGGCAGCUUGCAAUGGAAAAAAAGAAAAGCCGACAAGCGCAGCGUUUACAGAACAAUGUUUUCUCUGAGGGAAAAGUGGCUACUAAGCAUCGUAAACCAGAAGUGGCUCUUUCCAUCAAUGUGGGAACCUUCAGAUAGCAUUGGACAGGUGACUUGCUGAGUGACCCUUGCCAAUGAUGUACUGAAUUAGAAUGGAAUACCUCAACUGGACCGGCAGAGGGAUGGUCUUCUCAGAAAUGUCCUCCUGACUCUCUGCUGAGACAACUGGCUGUAGGAUUCAGGACAGCUCUGGAUUUCCUGUAAUCUAUAUUGGUGAAGUGCUUUAGCAUUCCUUUAUCAAUGUGGAACUUACUCUCAGGCUAGAUAAAUGCACUUUAUCAAUGAGAAAAUGGAUUACUAUAGUACAUAAUCUUUCAGUGACUAUUUUGUAAUAAUCAUAUAUGUAUUUUUAUCUGACAUUGCUAUCCUAUACCAUCACUACAAAGCUAUUUUUUCAUGCAGGCAUGUAACUUCUAAAAGGAAUUGUUUGACUCUUUUGACUUCUGAAAUUAUUAGAUCUUAGGUUUUGUUCACAUGCCUGGUUGAUAAAUCUGAGCUUUAUAACAGUUUAAAUCAAAAUUGGGUUCAUGCUCCCGCCCCCUCUCUCUGCAGCCAUUUUGUUGAUAUAUUUUUUUUCUGCAGCAUUGGUAAUUCCAGCCCAACAGCAAACUAAUAGUUUUCUAUCUGAGCCCUGCAGAAAUGACUGAUUUAAACAGUGUGUGUGACAUUUCAGUACUUGCCUCUUCUGUUAUGUUAAAUCUUUCCAUUGUGCAACAAGUCCAAACUCUACUCCUUGCCAUAUAAUGAAGCUCUCUCUGUUAAUCGGGAACAUGAGCAGAAAUUGAUUUCAGCAUUUACUUAAUCUCCGGAACAAAUACACUAAACUGGCCAAAGUAAGGAGCAAAUGUGUUCAAAACCUAAAAAGGUUUCUAUAAAUUAGAAAUAUAUUGUCACUGUGCUGUUUUUCUUCUCUAGAUGCCUCCUUUUUCAAUAUACACUAAAUUAUUAAAAAGUUUAGGAGAGAAGGAGAGCGUUUGAUGGAAUACUGAACUUUUUUUACUCAGGAAAAGGUUAUUGUGUUUAUUUUAAGGUAAUCAAAUUAAAUGGACCUUCGUAAUUUUGCUUGACUGACAGCCCUCAAUAGGUUAAAAGAAAAAGAAAGGGGGGGGGGCAGAAAAAUGUUUCUUCUCUGGGUGUUGUACAGCUGGUUGUACAUCCCCAAUAAUAAAAGGGGUAUGUAUAACCGAAACAGAAUACGUGGUUGCUUCUAAUACCAGCUAAACACUGUGCUGUCCAAGGCUGUUAUGGAUUAUGGUAAAUAAAACAUUUACUGUAUUAUUGUAAGACUAGUUCUUGCUCAAUGAUGAAACUACAUCUUUCUACCAAUGUGUGUGGUAACUGGGGUCAUUACAAUUAAUAAAUUAAUUCUCAGUAUCUUUCUGUAAAAUAUUUUUCAGUGCUUACAAUUACUAAACUCUUUUUUUAUAUGUUCCCUUAUAAUACAUGCAUCAUAAUUUCAUUUGCAGUCAGGUUCAGUGGUUUCUUCAGAAAGAGUGUUGGUGUUAAUACAUUGAAUUAACCAAACACUGGAGCAUAUAUCGUUUGUAAUAAACUGUACUUUUUAACAUGUAUUAGAUGAUAGGAUGAGAAUGGGAUAUAUAUAAAUUAAAAAUAACCACAUAUCCUUAACUGAGCUACAAUUAAGUGUUCAUCACAUGCUUCAAGUUUGCCUUUCUCUAUUAGAAGGCUGAGAAAACUAAUUAUCUGAUCAGAUACACUACAAAACCUUGCAGUCAUGGCUGGAAAAAACCCUGUAAAACUAUUAAAAGGAAGUGUUCUAACACAGUUUCUGAAAAAGAAAGUGAAAUGUUUUCAUUAUAAUUCAACUACUGCUGCCAAAGUGACUGGAUACAGUACCUGUAUUGAUUUAGAGUAUGUUACUAAAUCUUGUAUCGUUUAUUUUGUAAGUGUAGUAGUCUUAGUAGUAGAAGACCUCAUUAUGGUGACUAUUAAAACUUUGGGAGAGAAGUGGGAAGAUCCUGCUGUUAAGGUGAGCAGAAUUCUACUGUUUUGGACAGAGCUUCAGAGUGACUGAGUCCCCAGCCUUCAGGCUCUGAUUCAGAAAAAAAUUUCAGCAUAUGCUUAACUUUCAGCAUGUGAACAGUCCUGACUUACUGUGGCUGCAUAUGUGCUUCAAAUUAAGUAGGUGCUUAGGUCCUUCCUUGAAUUGGGGCUUUAGUCGAGAGGUAAGGAGAUAUUUUAAUCGCUAAUUAUUUGGUUCUACUCUUUAUUUGAGCCAAGUGCAGUUGAAUUAUGUAAUGCUAUAUUUAUGGAAGGAUUCUCUUGAAAGACUUGACAGAGGCCAGCAAAGUUGUCUCUCCCUCAAACUGACCUUGUUUUGCACAGCCUUUUUCCAUUUUACAUACAUUUUGUUAAGCCACACAUUUUUCAGAAGACACUUCACAUAAUGAGUACCAAGAUAAAAAUUUGGUAAAUAAGGAAAGAAUUUGUGUGCUUGCAAGCUAUUUCAUUACAUUACAUUUAAUUUGCUGACUUUUUUAUUAUUCUGUUCCUAUGUCGGAAAGUUCUACUAUCCCUUCUCUUUCCAUCUUCCUUUAAUAAGUGAAGCUUAUACUUUUCAAAGACCUGAAGCUCAGAGAAAUUUAGAUAUAGAUUAAGUACUUAAGUGGGUAUUGUAGUAUGUGCCUUUAUUGAAGUGUAGUGUAGCAAUGACUGCACUGAACCAAUAUUGAGUUAUUGUUGGCUUGAAAGACUUUAAGAAAAGUUAUUGAGGAUCAGUCCACAAUGAGGAUUUUUGUUAAAGGGAAAAAUACCUUUUUAAAAUUGAGUUUCAUGAUUCCACAAUUUGUCACAGUUAUGUUCCAAUGUGAGGAGAAGCUUUGCUCUUUAUUAUCCAAGUCUGCUUCAGAAACUGAAUAAAGAAUUGUUUAUAUAUGUAUAUAACAAAUGUUUCACUCGUGCUCUCUUUGUAACAUAUACAUUUUAGAUUGGUUACUAACUAAUGAACAUGGAGAAGGAAUAAAUGAAUGGCUAUCCAAAAUGUCU